CGCAGUGGGCCGGAUUUGGGCCGGCGAGGGAAGAAGGGGAGCGCUGGUCGGUGGACGUGUCGCUUGUGGUGCAGCGAGGGGGCGGGGAGGAAAGCAAAGCAGCGAGACGGAUUCUGAUCGAGACGCGGGGAUCCUCUCGGCCCUCGCCCGUCGUCACCAUGCACCCAGGCUUCGCCAUCGGCCUGGUGUUCCUGGGGUGCAGCAGCAACGUUGUGUUCCUGGAGUUGCUGGUGAGAGAUUUCCCAGGAUGUGGGAACAUUGUGACAUUUGGACAGUUCCUGUUUAUAGCAUUGGAAGGCUUAAUCUUUCAAGCUCACUUUCUCACGAAGCCCCGGGCAAUUCCUUUAAGGAACUAUUUCGUUAUGGUGACCAUGUUUUUCCUCGUGAGUGUUGUUAAUAAUUAUGCCCUCAACUUCAAUAUUCCAAUGCCUUUGCACAUGAUCUUCAGAUCAGGCUCUCUGAUAGCCAACAUGGUACUGGGAAUCAUCAUUUUAAAGAAAAGAUACCCAGUUGCAAAGUAUAUUUCAAUCGUUCUGAUUUCACUGGGGAUAUUUAUCUGUAUGUUUAUGUCUGCAAAACAAGUGGCUUCACAUACAAGUGUGUCUGAUGAUGGCAGCUAUUCUGCAUUUAUUCAGUGGUUGAUAGGUGUUGCUAUGCUAACCUUUGCACUUUUCAUGUCGGCCAGAAUGGGCAUCUUUCAAGAGACGUUAUAUAAGCAAUUUGGGAAGCACUCCAAGGAGGCACUGUUUUACAAUCAUUUCCUCCCAUUACCUGCCUUCAUCUUAUUUGCCUCAGACAUCUACAAUCAUGGAAUCCUCUUCAGCCAGUCUCAAACAAUUGAACUUGUGCCGCUAGGAAUGUCCAUGCCAAUUAUGUGGUUUUACCUCACAAUGAAUGUUCUAACUCAAUAUGUUUGCAUCCGAGGUGUUUUUAUUCUCACAACAGAGUGCACAUCUCUAACAGUCACACUUGUUGUGACACUUCGCAAAUUUAUCAGUCUGAUUUUCUCCAUUGUUUACUUCAAGAACCCCUUUACCCUCUGGCAUUGGGUUGGGACAUCAGUGGUCUUUGUUGGAACCCUCACGUAUGCUGAAGUUUGGAAAACCUUGAAGCCGCUCAUGUACAGAAAGAGAAAGGAGCAGUAAUUUUCUCUCCGGGGCAAUGUCAAGAUCCAAAGAAGUUACAGAGGAUCCCCAGUGGCAACAGAGAAUGGGUGGUCUUCAGGUAUUCUUCGAGAAUACUUUCUUUUUAGGAAAGUCUGCAUUUAUUCAGAAUAAUAAAUUUAAUUGUUUCUUUCUUGUGAGAACUCUAUUCAUAUCACCUCCCUCCCAUUUCUGAACUUUAGAUCAGGUAAGUCUGUAAAUGCUACAUGGAGCAGAUCAGUUGUCAAAAAGACAACCAUGUGAAGUAAUGUUCAUAUGAUGCUUAAAAGUAGCAUAGUAAGAUGUGUAAAAAUUACUUAUUAUAACUGCAUUUUUAGUAAAAAUUUAUUGCUUGAAUAGAUGGUUCGGUGAGGGUUAAAACUUUGGGAGACCGGAUGGCACUGUGAGUUUAAUACACUGCCUCAAGAGCUUUGACUUAGUUCCAUGUCUAUAUAAGAUUGAUUGAGACGUUUAUGGCACUUGAACACAUCAAGUCAUAAAAUAAGAAGUUUAUACUAAUCAUAAAUUUGUGGGGGGGGGUGAAUCCUUAUCUGCUGGAAUUGGGUUUGGCGGUUCUAUCUAUAAUCUUCCGUUACGCAAAAGCAAAAUAAAUAGCAGGAAUAGGUCUUUUGGCCUGUCAAGUCUGCUGUACCAUUCUGUACCCCACAUUCCUUGAUUUCUUUAAAAUCAAUUGCUUGAAUAUAGUCUGCCUCCAGAGUUUUUUUAGAUGGUGAAUUCCAAAGAUUCAAUCCCCUUUUAAUAUUGGGAUUCUGGGACUAUUUCAUUUAUUUGAGGAAAUAUAUUUCACUAGCUUAAGCCUGUGGGAAUGUGGGGGUCACUGUUUAUAACACGUUUUAUUGGAUAGAAUAACCUUCAACAGUACAUAUAACAUCAGUUAUGUCCUCAGCAACUACAAUAACAAAUGUGAAGGGGGUAAAUGACAGUCUUCAGUUCAGUGUUCCUAUAUUAAAUAACAAUCUCAGGGAUGAACAAAUACACAGAGAGGUAUUUUAGAGCAUAUGGACAAUAGGUUUUUAUUCAUUUGGCACCAAUUAGUGCCCAAAUCUCACCACCAGUGAAAUCUUACCACAACAAUGUUGUUAAAAUUUGUCAUCAAGUCUAAAGGUGAUAACAGUGCAGAUGAAGAACAGGGAGAUUGAAGUUGUAGAUCUUAAAAACAAUCCUUAAGCAUGAAAUGAGAUAAAGGUUGAUGGAACAAAUUUCAGGUGUAGUUGUUCAUGUAGUAAUUAAGUUUUGGGAGUAAUUGCAAGAACAAAAUUGGAGUACAGAUGUGGUGGACGAUUGAAGACCGAAUGGAAAUUAAAGGGAAAGGGUGAAACCAUGAAGAAAUUUGAAAGCAAGGAGGAAUUGUCAAAUUGAUGCUUAACCAGGAACGGUUUAAGAAAGAACUACAGAUGCUGGAAAAAUCAAAGGUAGGCAGAAAUGCUGGAGAAACUCUCGACCCGAAACGUCGCCUAUUCCUUCUCUCCAUAGAUGCUGCCUUACCCGUUCUGUUUCUCCAGCAUUUUUGUCCACCUUAACCAGGAACUAAUUGUUCUCGUGAGGAAAAUGUUGAAAGACUAGGGCUGCAUCUGCUGGAGUUUAAACUUAAGAUCUUGAGGAGUCUGGUUGUGGAGAGGAUUUAGAACAAGGGUUACUGUUAAAAAACAGAGUUGCCCAUUUAACACAGGAAGAGGUGAAACCUUUUUCACUUUGAGGGUGGUGGUUCCCUGGAACAAACUGCCAGAGAAGAUAGUGAAGCAGGUACUAUAAUAACAUAUAAAAGACAUUUAGACAGGUACAUGGAUAGGAAAGAUUGUGGAAUGUGGGCAAGAAUGACUAGCUUUGACAGGGCAUCUUGGUUGGCAUGGGCAAGAUGGGCCGAAGGGCCCAUUUCCUAGCUGAGUGGCUCCAUGGGUCUUUAGUGACUCUGUUCCUAAAAGGACUCUUGGAAGACUCUAUUAAAAGGAGAUAAAAGGUUACUUUGUUUAGACUGGAAUGCAUAGCUGUGGUUACAGUCAUGUCAGUCAUAAUCUUGUUGAAUGGUGGAACAGGUUUGAAGGGCCGAAUGGGUCCACCCUGGUCCUUAUUUAUUCAUGGCUGUAAGUGCAGGGGUGAUUGGUGAACAGUGCUUUCUGUGUUGGGAUGUGGGUAGCAGAGUUGUGGAUGACGUUACAUUUAAGAUGCUUGAAAGGGGGAAGUCAAUCAUUCAUAUGCUGGAAUAUUUAAGCGUAGAUUUAACAAAGGGUGUGUGGAUGAAGGUUUCUGGAGCAGAUAUGCUGAGGCAGGCAUAGAGUAGGGCAUAUUACAGAUAUGGUAAAAGAUACUCUUGGAGCUUCAACUCCAAGGCUAUGGGUUAGUUUAAAUUUUAGUUGCUGUCAGGAAAUUGGAUUAACUCAGUGGCUAAGGUACAGAAUUGUGAUGGGAAGUGAAUUGAGAGCAAGUGGCUGUCACCAUUUACACAUGGAAAACAAAGCCAGUUUUGGAUAAGUACAUAAAAGAGUAGAAUGGGCCCGAGUCUCAGACCUUUUGGGUGGGAGUGGGAUGUGGGUUGCUGCUGUUGUGAAAGCAUCAGACGAUAUAAGAAGGCAAUCCAUCCCAGGAAAUUCCCAGACCGAAGUAUAGCAACAGGUGUUUUGAAUCCCACCCGUGCUGAGUCGUGGAGAUGUAUUUUAAAAUGUUAGUUCUAUCCCCCCCAGCUUCAUUCGUAUUGUAAUUAAAAAAUGUUUAAUAAAAAGCUGAAUUCCAAUGCAAAUCUGAAUGCUGUCAGAAUGUAGAAGAGAAAGUAAGGUGAGCGAAUGCCUACAUUUGUCAGUUACUGCACUUAAAGUAAUUCAUUAUAUUAAAUAUUUAAGUAUUUCCAAUUUCUGUAAGUAUUUUAACAUCUGCGACAGACUGGUUUCUUCAUAAAUGUUGACACUUGAGAUUUUACUGUUUAUUUAUUGAUUAAUUUACUGUUCAAUGUGAAAAAUUUGCUGGAAUGGAAAAUAAUUAUAUCUCUCACUCUCCUCCCCAGUGAAUCUUGCACAUUAAUUAAUCUAAAAUCAGUAACCAUCGAUGGCACACCUAACUAUUUUCUUCCUCCUUGGUUAUCACAAUUCAUGUGCUUUGAAUAUGCUGUCUGGGAACAUUUUUUAUGUAUAAAACCACCUGUGGCCCCAGGCGCGAAGAAAAUGGGGCAAUAUUCCUUAUUUAUAAUAUCAAACCAAGGCAAGUUUUGCACAUUAUGGUCUGCCUUUAGCAGUAAAUUUUAACAGGAUCACUUGGAAGUAAGCGAUAAAAGUUGUAAACAUUUAAACCUCUACAACAGCAGAAGAGCCUUUGCCUAGUUGUGUUGUGAAAACUUUGGCCUAUUGCAUUGAGAAGGUAGCUUUUUGUCUAAAAUGUGUGCUUGAUCAGUAUCUGAGCAUUCUGCUUGUGAUGUUGUUCUUUCCUCAAUAAAAUGCAUUACUUUCCAU